AUGGGGCCCCCUGUAGGCUUUUGGUUUGAGAGAGAGGGCCCCUCUUGGGGGCCCCACCUGUACCCGUUUGUCCGUGAGGGGGCCCCUUUAAGGGGCCCCCUCUUGGGGUCCCUUAAAGGGGCCCUUGGGGCCCCCUCUACACUAUUUGCCGUGGGAGGGCCCCACUGUGGAGCCCCUUGUGGGGCCCCCUUUACCCGUAUUGGCCGGCGGGGCAGACGCAGCCAAGAAAGGCCCCCAGCUCGGGGCCCUGGCCAGGCACCUCCAGCCGCAAACGCCUGCGCAGCAGCAGCAGCAGCAGCAGCAGCGGUGCAGCAGCAGCAGCAGCAGCAGCAGCAGCAGCAGCAGCGGUGCAGCAGCAGCGACGCGGCAGCAGCAGCAGCAGCGGUGCAGCAGCAGCGACGCAGCAGAGAAGCAGUGGCAGCAGGGAAGCAGCAGGGAAGCAGCAGUGGCAGGGAAGCAAUAGGCAAGCAGCAGCAGCGCAGCAGCAGAGAAGCAGAAGUAGCGGGAGAGCAGCAGAGAAGCAGCAGCAGCGCAGCAGCAGCAGCAGAGAAGCACCAGUAG